CAUGAGCAAGAAAUGGGACUCAAACUCUUCAGAAAACUGGAGUCAUGCCUGGAGUAGCAGUGACCCACAGCAUCAUUGGGACUCCAGCAUCAACAUCACCUAUGUAAACUAUUAUCUUCACCAGCCUCAAGUGGCAGCAAUUUUCAUUAGUUCCUACUUCCUGAUCUUUCUCCUGUGCAUGGUGGGAAAUACUGUAGUUUGCUUUAUUGUAAUAAGGAACAAACACAUGCACACUGUCACUAAUUUCUUCAUCUUAAACCUGGCAAUAAGUGAUUUGCUGGUUGGAAUAUUCUGCAUGCCUAUCACAUUGCUGGAUAACAUUAUCGCAGGAUGGCCAUUUGGAAGCAGCAUGUGCAAGAUCAGUGGCCUGGUGCAGGGGAUAUCUGUUUCUGCUUCAGUCUUCACCUUGGUUGCAAUAGCUGUGGACAGAUUUCGGUGUGUUGUCUACCCCUUUAAGCCAAAGCUCACUGUCAAGACAGCCUUUGUCACUAUCAUGAUCAUCUGGGGCCUGGCUGUUACCAUUAUGUCUCCAUCUGCAAUAAUGUUACAUGUACAAGAAGAAAAAUACUACCGUGUGAGACUCGGCUUCGACAAUAAAACCAGCACAGUGUACUGGUGUCGGGAGGACUGGCCAAAGCAGGAAAUGAGGAGGAUCUACACCACUGUGCUAUUUGCCACCAUCUACCUGGCUCCCCUCUCCCUCAUUGUUGCCAUGUAUGCAAGGAUUGGGGCUUCCCUCUUCAAGACUUCAGCACAUUGCAUGGGCAAGCAGCGCCAGGAGCAGUGGCAUGUGUCCAAGAAGAAACAGAAGGUCAUCAAGAUGCUGUUGACUGUGGCCCUCCUUUUCAUCCUCUCCUGGCUGCCCCUGUGGACUCUGAUGAUGCUCUCAGACUAUGCUGACCUGUCUCCUAAUAAACUGCGUGUCAUCAACAUCUAUAUCUACCCUUUUGCCCACUGGCUUGCCUUUUGCAACAGCAGUAUCAACCCCAUCAUUUAUGGCUUCUUUAAUGAAAAUUUUCGCAGUGGUUUCCAAGAUGCAUUCCAUGUCUGCCAAAAGAAAACAAAACCCCAGGAAACCUAUGUCCUAAGAGCUAAAAACAACAUGGUCUUAAACACAUCUGGCCUGCUGGUCCAGGAACCUGCAUCUCAAAACCCAGGUGGGGAACAUUUGAUGUCUGGGAAAAGUGAUGAAAACCCUACACAAGAAUCCCUGAUGGAAGAAAUGGGAGAAGCUACUAAUAGUUCUGCAGCUUAA